UAGUAAUUCUACAGACCAAUAGUGUUGACAAAGCAGUGCGAAAACUAAGCACUGAUUGGUCAGGUGUUUGAGUGACAGUCAGGUGGGUGAACUGCAGCAGGUGUGGCAUAGUAAGGGUGGGACUGAGACACAGUGCUGAUUAGAGGAGGUUGUAAAAUACUCUCUUAACUCCACACCUUCCUACAGCUGCCACAACAUUCUGUUACAGUUUAAACAAAGCCAUGGACCCUGAGUACUUCAAAUCUUAUGAGAUGUGUUGGGGUACGCUUGGAACGGUGCGACCCUUCUCCAAUUUCCACCCUGACCGGGAUGCGAUGGAGAUCCAGGCAGCUCUAGAGAAGAAAGCUGACUCAGAUGCGGUGACUCUAGUGAGGAUCCUCACCAAUCGGAACAAUGCUCAGAGACAAGUGAUCGCCCAGACCUUUAAGGAAAUAACACAAAAGGACCUGGCAACUGCCUUGAAGAAAGCUCUGUCUGGAGAACUAGAGGUUCUACUGCUGGAACUGCUGAUGCCUCCUUUGCAGUAUGAGGCUUAUCGCUUGCAACAGGCCAUGGCGGGUUUGGGCACUGAUGAGGAAACACUGAUGGAGAUCCUAUCUACGCGAUCUGGAAAGCAGCUUCAAGAAGUUAGUGGUGUGUACCAAGAUUUGUAUAAGAAGGACCUGGAGAAGGAACUGAAAGGAGAGACCAGUGGAGACUUUGCUAAGCUUCUUUUGGCUUUGCUAAAGAAAGAAAAUGUUGUUGGUGUGGUUCAAAGAGAUAUUAAGUCUCUCUCUGCAUCCCUUAAUGGGAAAAAAGCUGAUGCAGGACCAUGGAUUGAAAUACUGACCUCUAGAGACUCAGAUCAUCUGAACAAAGUGCUGAUGGGACUGGAACUGGAGACCGGACAGAUGGUGGAUCAGAUUGUGGAGAAAAAGUUUACAGGAGACUUUCAACUGGGUUUGAACGUUUUAGUUCAGUGCAUUCAAAACCCUGAUGUCUACCUUGCCAAAAGACUAACAAGCACAAAGACACCAAUAGUGCAAGGGAUUAUGGUGUCUCACUGUGAGGAAGAUCUGCUGUGUAUCCGAGCUGCCUACAAUAAGUUAACAGGCACCUCUCUCUACACUGCUCUACAGAAACAGUUCAAAGGAGAUCAUCUACAGGCUCUGCUGGCCAUCUGUCGAUCUGAAGAUUAAACAAAAGCUACACAGUUUGAGAUGCUACAUUUUGUAUUCAUUUAUGCAGUUCUUUUUCUUCCUGAAUCAGUUUGCAGUAGUGCAGCAAUAAACAUUAUUUUCUAUGGCUACUGUAUUGCUAUUUUAUGGAAUGUAAUUUAAUUGCAUAAUUUGCAUGUUUAAGGACAUAUAAAUACAUGUAACUAAAUUUAAGUUGGAUAUUUUAUGAGUGCAAUUUGUUUUUAUUACUUUAAAUAUCUGCCACAAUAAUUCCUCUUUAUCCUGAUGUUGUAUUUACAUGCAGAAUUUAUUUUCAGGUGCUUAUAAACAGAGAGCAAUGCCACACUUUCUCUUUUUUCUCUUUUCACCUUUUCUUUUUAAUACUAAACAUUAUUACAUAUUAUUUAUUACAAUAUUAUUUGACUUUUUUGUGAAUGUUAUCAUUUUAAAUUUAAUGUUAAAUAUCUGAUUAAAUAGUGUGGAUACAAA